AUGGUGAAAAUAUACUCUGUUGACUCAUUCAAGCUGGUAUAUCGCGAGAUCAUAGCUAGCUCUUUUCUGGUCUCUAUUGCUUCGUUGGCACUGUUUCUCAGGCUUGCAGCUCGAUGGGCUAAAAGAAUACGCCUUUGGUGGGAUGAUUACACGAUCAUUGCUGUUUGGAUCAUACUUUGGGCAAUGUUUGUCAUACAAAUAAAAUACGCUCAAUAUGGCUCGGGGGAUCAAAUGACUACGAUUCCUCCCGACAACGUGAUACUCAUGCUAAAGAUUCUUCCUGGAUUUCAACUCCUAUGGGGCACAGCAAUGUCAUUGGCCAAAUUCUCCUACAUGUUCUUCUACCUGAGCGUAUUCAAAGCCAGCGAAAGAUUCCGCAGAUUGACUUUUGGCUGUAUGACCAUUGUGGCCCUGUGGUGGAUCGCAAAUGUUUUCCAGAUCUUCCUAAUCUGCAGACCGUUCAAAAUGAACUGGGACUCUACGGCGAAGGGAACCUGCGGCAAUCGUCCCUUGACGUACGCACUCGUUGGCGCCGUCAACAUAGCCACCGACAUUACAACUUUGCUUCUUCCAGUACCAACGGUGUGGAGUCUCCAAAUGCCAAAAAGGUUCAAAGUUGGCAUUACCGCUAUUUUUUGCAUAGGUUUGCUGAUCACCAUCAUCAGCAUCAUCCGCAUGCAAUCUCUGAUUGUGCUUUCCUUCACCGAGAUUAGCAGUUCAAUGGUCGACCCUGUUUUCUGGACCGUUGUGGAGCCGAGUCUCGCCGUAACAAACGCAUGUCUACCUAUAAUCCGCCCUAUUAUCGCCAUAAUACUCCCCGGCCAUUUUUUUUCGAGUGCCCAGAAAACGCCAAAAAGAGGACAAGGCAGCGGCAGCGGCAGCACAAGGGAAUUCAGAAAUAUCGAGGAGGAUGGUGGGAACUAUCCGCUCUCGCCGCUGAAUGCCGGGAUGACGACUAGUCAUGUUGUAAGCGAUCAAAAGACGUGGAAUAAUGUCGGGGGUGCUACUGCUGCUGCUGCUAUGGACACGGAUGAUGAUUCUCAGCGAAGGAUUUCCAAUGAGAAUACGGGGCCGUUGGGACGUAUAACGCGGACCACGGAAUGGGAGGUUCAACGUUGA